CAUGAGUCUCAUUAUUCUUAGAGUUAUCUCAUCUGAUUCCAUCAUGAAUCCAGAUUAAGAUUUAUAGAUACAUUGAACAAACCUAUUAGUAUAAGGAAAGAUGCCCUUUGAAUUCGUCGACAAUACUAUAAUUGAUCGCAACACGAGAAAGUUGAUCCGCAGUCAAGCGGCGAAGGGUCGAAAUGUCGGCAAAAAGCACCCAUCGCGGGGGAGAAGAGCCGCGAUCAAAGUUGAUAUUGCUAAAUCUAAUUAUAAAACCAAACACUUAGUCUCUCAGCACCAUCACAUAGCAUUACCUACGAUGAAACCUCAAGUUGGCGAUAGCCUAUCUGUUUUUUCCCUACCAGUCGAGUUAACUCCUGGAUCUAGAACUCUUGUUCAGAAAGCCUUCGCAUUCCUUAUCAGCGUCCCUCAUAUGCCCGGGCUCGGCAAUGCCAUUGAUUUCUCUGCAGCUGGGUCGAUAUGGAUCCAGUUCUGGUUUGUAGAUGAAGCAUACUUUCACUGCUCUAUAGCAAUGUCUAUCGCUGCCAAAAACUUAUUAACUACAAACUCCGAGGAUUCUACGGAAGGGUUGAGCCACCUAUCAGAUAGCCUCCGCCUAGUCAAUCAGAGACUAUCCGGGGGGGAGGCGUUGUCAGACAUGACACUGGCUUCGGUAGUUGCUAUGCUCCAGUACGAGCGGAUGUGUGGUCAGUAUGACCAAGGCCUGAUCCAUUUCAGAGGGCUCCAGCAGAUGGUUGAGCUCCGCGGCGGAAUCUCCCAGCUUAUGAAAGAUAAACCAGAGCUUACUCAAAAGAUAUUCAGGGUCGAUCUCGAGUUUGCUAUUUAUUUAGGAUUGUCUACACGGUUUAGCGUCGACGAAGUGCCGGGUGUUGCCACUCUGAAUUGGCUCCGUGAGAGGCUUGGGACGUCUCAAAUAUCUGGCUUACUCGCAUCGCAGCCUUUCGUGCAGCUGAACCCUCGUAUGAAAGAGGUCUGGACAGACAUUAUGAGUCUUACCUGGUUUCUCAACGAGAAUACCGACGAUAGUAUUAAGAUGGAUGGGUACACGUAUCAUGACACCCUCAUCCUCAUUGGCUAUCGACUCGUUCACAUCAGACCCCUUAACACAGACCCAACUGAUAGUCUCGAGAAUAUCAUUCACAUGGGGCUAUUAAUGAUAAUGGCUAAUUUCCUACUUUCCCUUCUGCAUAGACUCCCUGAACUACCUCUUCUCCGCCAGAAAAUAGGAGUCCUCGUCCAAGAAUUUACCGAGGAUACAGAAAACAAGGAAGCCAUCCUCUGGGCUUUAUUCAUGGCAGAAAUAACAAUAUUCAAAAGAUCUGAGGAUGAGCAGUUGAUGCAGAGGAUAAGGCAGAUUGUCCUAUUGUUGGGUCUCCAAAGUUGGGAUGACGUUUGUCAAAUUUUCUCCAAGUUUCCCUGGAUCAACUCUCUUCAUGGUAAACCAGGAAGAUUAUUAUGGGAUAACUUAAAGUGUGCCUAGGUACGUAAAUUAUCUUAAUAGGGUUACAUACCUAAAGUAUACAACCACUCUUUGCUAGGCUCC